AUGAAGUCCUUCUCGAGCUCGGCAGUUAAUAAAUCGGGCAAGAAGUUUGCGCCGAAGGCGCAGCCCCGCCGCGGCGCGCCCGGCCCUGCUGCGCCUGCGCGAAGGCCCAGUGCAGCUCAGCAGUCUCAGGCGCAAGCUGCGCAGGCUCAACAACAGGAGAAGGAAAUUACAAAAUCAGUUCCGCCGCCCUCUGUGUCGUCCGCAGAGCCUGAGCACCCUGUGACAGAGGCAGCUCCGGCUGCGAUCGCAGAUUCGACCCAAGCAGCACCAGUCGCCUCGAAAUCAGCAACCGCUAUCCCGAUUCCCCUUCCAAAACGCAAAGUAUCGAUUUCCAAAACCGUUCCCGAUGCGGCAGUUGCACCUGCAAUCACCUCUACCAGCAUACCUGACACUCCACCAUCCUCCCGCACUUUGUCCACCGAAGCGUAUGUGGUACCUUCAAUCGAAGACGAUGCUCCGCAACCGACAUCAGUAGGAGUUACCGCCGAAGCUGCCGCAGCACCGCUACCUACAGACGAUAGCUUUUUCCCAGAUGAAGCCCUCUCUCCCCGCCAAUCCGUGUCGGAACCUCAAGUCACACCCUCUGCUCCGGUUGCAGGUCGACCUUUGAAAUGGGCAAAGAAAACAUCUGAGAUCACCGGAACACGUGGAAGGGGCCCUGUGCAUGCUAUUGCUCCCCCUGCCCCAUCCACGGCGUCGAGCGAGACGCCCGGGGGAUCCCUGGUACCCGUGACGCCAGAGGCGAGUCAAGAAACCGCGAAAGGCAAAAAGCGAAAGGCAUCCAAGGCCUCUACUUCAGAUGCUGGCCCUGACUCCGAGAAGUCCAAGCGUCGCCAGAGGAAGCGCGAACCGACUCCUGAAGGCGCAGAGAUGGUGGAGAUUCUACCUAAUGUGGUCAGGAUGUCGGAGCUUUGUAAAGAUCUAAAGACCGGUAGAAAGUCGAAGCGCGAGACCGAAUUGCGCAAGUUGGAAUUGGAGGAACAAGAACGCAAGCAAAAGGCGCAGGAGGAAGGCUCGACUACCGCAACGCCGAAGAAAACGAAUAAUCCAGAUGCCAACAAAACCGACCGGCUUCAGGAUCUCAAGCCCCAAUCCGCUGGCCCGGUCAUGCGCAUUGUGAAUGGCGAGAUUGUGCUGGACAAUGCCUCACUAGAGGUGGAUCGUCAUGCCGACGCGGCACGAACUGCAGGAGACCUUGAAGACGUGGUGGAAAACCAGCUUACCCGCAAAGUCAACCAGGCCACAUAUGGCAAACGCACCAAGACCGAAGCGUGGGACGAAGAGAUGACCGAUCUCUUCUACCGUGGCUUGCGCAUGUUCGGCACUGAUUUUAUGGUUAUCAGCAAGCUGUUCCCGGGGCGCUCUCGCCGCCAGAUCAAGCUGAAGUUCAACAAUGAAGAGCGCAAGGAUCCCCAGCGGAUCAAAGAUACUCUUCUUGGACCGCGCGAGACCAUCGAUAUCGCAACCUACUCAGAGAUGACCAACCAGGUUUAUGAUGAUCCCAAGAUCAUUCAGCAGGAACUUGAUGACGAAAAGAAACGUAUUGAGGAGCAACACGAGAAGGAGAAAAAGCUCCAGGAAGAAAUGAUGCGCAAUCCAACUGGCGCGGGCGCCGACGAGAACGCUACCUCGAAUGGCGACAAGGCCAACGGCGUCACGAUCAAGGGUAAACGGAACAGCAAGAGGAACUUGAAGAACGCAGCCGGUGGAGGUACAGAAGAAGUCCUUGGUUCUAUCGACGAUAUUCCAAUGGCUUGA